GACAGUGCAUUCAAGCUGUUGACAUCAGUCAUCGAAUGUAGCGGCUCUGAGGACGAGGAAGUCUCCACCGUUUUACUUAAUCGGUUAACGGGGAAAAGCCUAUAUUAUUAACCCAUAGAAACAUACAUGAAAUAGUUUGUAUAACCUGUCCAACCGGAACGAUGAUUUCCCCGUGGGACCGCUGGUAUACAACUAGCUGCUCCCUCUGCUGUCAUGUUCGGACGGGCACCAUUAUCCUGGGAAUAUGGUAUAUGCUCAUCAAUGCAGUGGUUCUCCUCAUCCUCCUAUCGGCCCUUAGCAACCCGAUCCAGUACCGCUACCACCUUACCAACGCUGAGCUGGGAUCAGACUUUGAUGUCAUGGAUGAUGCUAAUAUGUGCAUCGGCACAGCAAUCUCUCUGCUCAUGAUUCUAAUAUGUGGUAUGGCAACCUAUGGUGCUUACAAGCAACAUGCAGCGUGGCUCAUCCCAUUCUUCUGCUACCAAAUCUUUGACUUUGUCCUUAACACCCUGGUGGCCAUCAGUGUUGUGGUGUACCCCAACACCAUCCAGGACUACCUGCACCAGCUGCCAGGGACGUUACCAUACGAAGAGGACAUCAUGUCCACCAACACCUUGUGCCUGGCCUUCUUAGUGCUGCUCUGCCUGGGCUGCAUCCUCUCCUUUAAG